AAGCACUUGCUUUUUUCAUCCACAUUUGUAAAUUUGGUCGCGGUCCUUUUUGAUUGAUCUCCGUGGGGUAUCUUGGCUGCACUGAUGCGCCCCUGCCUGCGUGUUCCACCGGGAGAAAGUCUGGGCGCAUGAUGGAGUGAAGGCGAUACUCUCGUGGAAAUUGUUGGGUUUUUACCCUGCAGGGAAUUAUCGUCUGGUUUUGAAAACAGGCACGCCUUUUGGAUGAAACCGUCUGGGAACACCAAGUUGAGCACCUCCAUAGCUAUUGGAACCGUCCGUGGAGAUGGUAAACGCUCUUCAUGUCAACAUUUUUUUGCCACCGGCGGGAAUUAAAUGGGAACGUUGUUUGGCAAUGGAUCUGACAUUUUUUUCUUAUGCUGCAUAGGAUCUUUUGCAGUCUACUCCACCAGGGUGGCCAUGGUUAAAAAAAAAAGUGUUCCCAAAUUCCUUUGCGCAUAUGUCAUGAAGUGGAAAUCAGAAUACUGGUAAUCGUUUUUGCAUCGUUUGCAUCUGAAAUAGUCCUUAAGAAGGCUUGAAUUAAAAGUUGAUUGGGGAGAACACUACAACAAUUAGCAUUUGACUUCAAAUCUUGCCUAUAUGUGGAAAUGUGACUCCAGUGGAAACCAGUGCGCACAAGGUAGAGUCGCCGAGGCUUCAACGCAAAACCCAAUUUCCUGUCUGGGAACUUGGCUUUGUACCGCAGCACCGCAAAGACGUUCCUGCUUUCCUCUUUCUCUCCGAAAUGCGUCUCUGUGUACCAGUUCUAUAAAUUGACAGUGGAUUCUGAUUCUUCAUGGUGUUAACCGGCCAGGUGUAUGAGAGAAGGCGAAACGUCGGCGGUUUCGUUCAGUAAAUCCUGGACACACCUUUUUUUGAUGUCAGUCAAGAUCUCCGCUGGGUCGCCAUGACGAGCGAGGAGAGUCCUGUGCCCUUGAGGAGCAUUUCCUCAGCAGGGCCAGGGCAAAGUGAGGAAUGCAGCUCGGCUCAAGCUGAUGACAUAAUUGAGGAAGUGGGUCCAGGUGAUGAUGUCAGUACCGUCAGCGACCUGAGCACUCUUGUAGUGCCCUUCCCCGAGCUGGCACCUGUUGUCUUCUUCUGCCUGAAGCAGACCACCUUCCCUCGUAGUUGGUGCAUCCGUAUGGUCUCCAGCCCGUGGUUCGAGAGGAUUAGCAUCAUGGUGAUCCUGCUCAACUGUGUGACGCUGGGCAUGUACCAGCCUUGCGAGAACAUCGAUUGCACCUCGGACCGCUGCCAGAUACUACAGGCCUUUGAUGCAUUCAUCUAUAUCUUCUUUGCCUUGGAAAUGGUGAUAAAGAUGGUGGCUCUCGGGAUCUUUGGCCGUCGCUGUUACCUGGGAGACACCUGGAACAGACUAGACUUCUUCAUUGUCAUGGCUGGCAUGGUGGAAUACUCACUAGACCUGCAGAACAUCAACCUGUCAGCCAUCCGGACUGUGCGGGUCCUUCGACCGCUAAAAGCCAUCAACAGAGUGCCAAGUAUGCGUAUCCUGGUGAACCUGCUGCUCGACACCCUACCCAUGCUGGGCAACGUGCUGCUGCUCUGCUUCUUUGUCUUCUUCAUCUUUGGCAUCAUCGGUGUGCAGUUGUGGGCGGGGCUACUGAGAAACCGUUGCUAUCCUGAGAAGAACUUCACCCUCCCUUCGGGCAUGGCCCUGCCGGCUCCGUACUACCAGCCGGAGGAAGAUGACGAGCGCCCCUUCAUCUGCUCCCUGGGAUCUGAUAACGGCAUCAUGUCAUGUUUGGACGUGCCAGCGAGGCGAGAAGGAGGACGCGUAUGCUGUCUGGACAAAGAAGAUGCUCUGCACAGACAGUCUCUGGGCCUGAGUCCCGAGCCUCUGUCCAACGGCAGCGGUGCGGUUGAAGCAGUGGGUCUGUGCAUCAACUGGAACCAGUAUUACACCCGCUGCCACACUGGAAGUAGUAACCCUCACAAAGGCGCCAUCAAUUUUGACAACAUCGUCUACGCCUGGAUAGUUAUUUUUCAGGUGAUCACUUUGGAGGGCUGGGUCGAGAUUAUGUAUUACGUCAUGGAUGCCCACUCCUUCUACAACUUCAUCUACUUCAUCCUUCUCAUCAUUAUUGGUUCUUUCUUCAUGAUCAACCUGUGCCUGGUGGUUAUUGCCACCCAGUUCUCUGAGACCAAGCAGCGGGAACACCAGCUGAUGCAGGAACAGAGGGCCCAGUGCCUGUCCUCCUCCACCCUGGCCAGCAUGGCUGAGCCGGGAGAUUGCUACGAGGAGAUCUUCCAGCUGGUCUGCCAUGUUCUCCGCAAAGCUAAGAGAAGAUCAGCAGCUCUGUACUACACGCUGAGGGGCAAGCCCCCACCGCCUGGUGGAGGCAGGGGUAACAGGCGAGGAGGAAAUGUGAACGGCGAGCGCCAUCAUUUGAAGCCCCCAAGAUCGCCCAGAUGUCUGCACCACAGCAAGCCGGACCGCGACUCGCAGGCGCUCGCCAACUCCAUCAGUCAGAAUCCCGAGGAUUGCCCUCUGUGCGCGCUGUCAUUGAAAGAAGGCGUGAUGGCUGUGGGAGAUUUAGCAAAUGGUGAAGAAAAUGAGGAGGGUGCUGUGAAGGAAACGGACAAAGACGAGAGCCACUUAGAGGAGCUGGGUGAUGGAGCAAGGAAGCGGAAGAGGUCAUGCUUUGGAUGUUGUAAAGACCUUUGGAAUGACAUGAGGAGGAAACUUUGGGGCAUUGUGGAGAGCAAGUACUUCAGCAGAGGAAUAAUGAUCGCCAUACUCAUCAAUACCAUCAGUAUGGGGAUUGAGCAUCAUAAUCAGCCCGAGGAGCUGACUAAUGUCCUGGAGAUCUGCAACAUCGUCUUCACCAGCAUGUUCACCCUGGAGAUGAUCCUCAAGCUCACAGCCUUUGGCUUCUUUCAGUACUCUAGGAACCCGUAUAACAUCUUUGAUGGAAUCAUUGUCAUUAUCAGUGUGUGUGAGAUCAUCGGCCAGGCAGAUGGAGGUCUGUCAGUCCUGAGGACCUUCAGGCUGUUGAGGGUCAUCAAACUGGUGAGGUUCAUGCCCGCGCUGAGGCGGCAGCUUGUGGUGCUGAUGAAGACCAUGGACAACGUAGCCACAUUCUGCAUGCUGCUCAUGCUCUUUAUCUUCAUCUUCAGUAUUUUGGGGAUGCAUAUAUUUGGCUGUAAGUUCAGCUUGAAGACAGAGGCGGGAGACACCGUCCCCGACAGGAAGAAUUUUGACUCCUUGCUUUGGGCCAUAGUCACCGUCUUCCAGAUUCUGACUCAGGAGGACUGGAAUAUGGUGUUGUACAACGGCAUGGCCUCCACUUCCCCCUGCGCUGCCCUCUACUUCGUAGCUCUAAUGACCUUUGGAAACUAUGUGCUCUUCAAUUUACUCGUCGCCAUUCUGGUUGAAGGUUUCCAAGCAGAGGGUGAUGCAAACCGCUCUUAUUCAGAUGAUGACAGGUCUUCCUGUAAUUUUGACGAGAAUGAUAGGCAAAAAGAACCUCUGCAUUUUUCAGAUCCAAAGAUCUGUACUCUGACCCCUAAUGGACACUUGGACAUGUCCCUGUUGCCUCCUGGUCUGUUUCCUGGUGAGCGGUUGGCCUUUGCACUUGGCUCAAGAAAGAACAGUGUCAUUUCUCUCGGCAGACCUGACCUGGAAAAGAGGGCUGCGUAUCCAGGUCGAGCUUUCCACAACUGGGGCCGUCCACUUCCUCCACACCCCCAAGCCUUAUGGGCCCGUCGUUCCAGCUGGAACAGCCUCGGGUGCCGCCCCUGCUCCUCCUCAUCUCCGUCUGCCAGCCCCGCCUUCACUCCAACCUCUGCAAGGCCCUUCUACGGUUACGGCCUCGGGGGUGUGGGAGGAGUGGUGGGAGGAAGCCUUCGUGUCCGUGGUCCCCGUGCCUCUGCACCUCAUCACCACCAUCAUCAUCGCCACCACAUCCAGCCAGAUGAGGAGGAGUCCCUGCUCUCGCCUCCAGCUGUUGCUCCCCGCUCUCUUCAGCUUCCCCAUCCUAUGCUCCCUGGCUACUUUGCGCCGCGGAGGGACCGCAGGGCUCUCUCCUUAGAGCUCCCCCACGUCCUGCACGUUCCGAACUCUCCGCCACAGCCGCAUACCCCACCACUUCCUGUGACGCUCUAUGCUCACCCCCGGAAAAAGAGCCUCUCUGGAGGACCAGUAAUCAGCGGUGGAGGCGAUUUGGAAGUGGUUCACCAGGACUGUAAUGGAAAGACCCCACUGUCACACCUCCUCCAGCUGUCUCGGGGACAACAGUCCGAACAGACCGGAGGGGCAAACCCCCAGAGGCAGCUGAUGGCUGACGUCUUUCCCCAGGUCAACACGCGCAGCAAGGAGCGGGAGGACCUGGAUGAUGAACUUGACUAUAGCUUGUGCUUUCGCAUCCAGAAAAUGUUAGAAGCCUACAGACCGGACUGGUGUGAGACGAGAGAAGAUUGGUCCAUCUUCCUCUUCUCCCCGCGGAACAAGUUCAGACUGAUGUGCCAGGCCAUCAUAGCCCAUAAGCUGUUUGAUUAUGUGGUGCUGGCCUUCAUCUUCUCCAACUGCAUCACUGUGGCUCUGGAAAGGCCUAAGAUACUACAGGGCAGUUUGGAAAGAGUCUUUCUCACCAUCUCCAAUUACAUCUUUACUGCCAUCUUUGUGGGCGAGAUGACUCUCAAGGUGGUUUCCAUGGGUUUUUACGUGGGACCACAGGCGUAUCUGCGGAGCAGCUGGAACAUUUUGGAUGGAUUCCUGGUUUUUGUGUCGCUGAUUGACAUCGUGGUGUCCAUGGCGGGAGGUGCCAAGAUCCUGGGUGUGCUCAGAGUGCUCCGGCUGCUCAGGACAUUGCGUCCGCUCAGAGUGAUUAGCAGAGCUCCUGGACUGAAGCUGGUGGUGGAGACUCUCAUCACAUCCCUAAAACCCAUCGGCAACAUUGUCCUCAUCUGUUGUGCGUUCUUCAUCAUCUUCGGCAUUCUUGGAGUACAGCUUUUUAAAGGCAAAUUCUUCUAUUGCCUCGGCCCUGACGUCAAAAAUAUCACCAACAAGUCUGACUGCCUCCAAGCAAGCUACAAGUGGGUCCACCAUAAGUACAACUUUGAUAACCUGGGGCAGGCUCUUAUGUCCCUAUUUGUACUGGCCUCCAAGGACGGUUGGGUCAACAUCAUGUACCAUGGCCUGGACGCAGUCGGUGUGGACCAGCAGCCGGUGACCAACAACAACCCAUGGAUGCUCCUGUAUUUCAUCUCCUUCCUCCUAAUCGUCAGCUUUUUCGUGCUCAACAUGUUUGUUGGAGUGGUGGUGGAGAACUUCCACAAGUGCCGCCAACACCAGGAGGUGGAGGAGGCCAAGAGGCGUGAGGAGAAGCGUCAGCGUCGCAUGGAAAAGAAAAGAAGGAAGGCGCAGAAGCUUCCGUAUUACGCCAGCUAUGGACACAUUCGCCUGAUGAUCCACACACUCUGCACAAACCACUAUCUGGACCUCAUCAUCACCUUCAUCAUCUGCAUCAACGUCAUCACAAUGUCCUUAGAGCACUACAAUCAGCCUCACUCUCUGGAUCUAGCCCUCAAGUACUGCAACUACUUCUUCACCUCCACGUUUGUGGUGGAAUCUAUACUCAAGCUCAUCGCGUUUGGAUUCCGUCGCUUCUUCAAAGAGAGGUGGAACCAGCUGGAUCUGGCCAUUGUGCUCCUGUCGAUAAUGGGCAUCACUCUGGAGGAGAUCGAGAUCAGCUCUGCCCUGCCCAUCAACCCCACCAUCAUCAGAAUCAUGAGAGUCCUGAGGAUCGCACGAGUGCUGAAGCUGCUGAAGAUGGCUACGGGAAUGAGAGCUUUGUUGGAUACAGUGGUCCAAGCCCUGCCUCAGGUGGGUAACCUGGGCCUGCUCUUCAUGCUGCUGUUUUUCAUCUACGCCGCCUUAGGAGUAGAGCUGUUUGGAGAACUUGUUUGCAAUGAGGACUACCCAUGCGAAGGCAUGAGUCGUCACGCUACCUUUGAGAACUUUGGUAUGGCCUUUCUCACCUUGUUUCAAGUCUCCACGGGCGACAACUGGAAUGGCAUUAUGAAGGACACAUUGCGGGAAUGCCCACCAGAUCACAACACAGACGUGGACUAUGCCUGCAAUCCGAGCCUUCAGUUUAUCUCGCCCAUGUACUUUGUCUCCUUUGUGCUCACCGCCCAGUUUGUGCUCAUCAAUGUGGUGGUGGCCGUGCUGAUGAAGCACCUGGACGACUCCAACAAGGAGGCCCAAGAGGAGGCGGAGAUGGAUGCGGAAAUUGAGCUGGAGCUGGCCCAGGGCACCCUCUGUUGCAUGGGCACCCCCAGUUGCGGGGUCGGAGGCAUGGACAAAGGACUACUCGCUGGCGGGCCGGACCCCGGAGCAGCAGGGGCGAAAAAGGACAGAACAGGUGCCAGAGGGGAGAAGGGGGAAGCAUUGAAGAAAAUGCGACACGUAGUAACGACUGGGAACCAGGGACCUUACAGCUUCCACGAUUCCAACCAGACCUUAUACUCACCAGCACAGGAGAGCCAAUGGUUGGACAGCGUCUCUCUCCUAAUCAAGGAUACGUUAGAAGGGGAGAUGCUGAUGAUCGACAACCUCUCCGGCUCUGUUUUCCACCAUUACUCCUCUCCUCCGCCGGUCUGCAAAGACUGCAAAGGCCAUCCACAAGAGCAGAUCAGAAUGGCAGAAAUUGAGCAGGCCUCGCUAAAGUCAGAGCUACUGUCAGACAAGUCUUCCUCCCCUGCACUGCCUGACGACCUCAGCCUGGACGAACAUACUACCAGCCAGCUGCUGACAAAAGAGGGCAAGAGAACGUGCAGCAGUGACUCCCGCAGCUCUGAGGAGGCUGGAGGGGAAGGGGGUCAUGAAGGAGGUCACCAGUGUCAGACGGUGGUGCAGAGUCACGUGAAGGGACAGCCAUGCAGGACCCCCUGCACUGACGCUGACAUGGUGACCAUGCAACAGGAGAUGGAGCUGCAAACACACCCGUCCCAUAUAGGUUCCCCUCACUACAGCCCUGAAGGUGGUGUUUCCAGCAGCAGCAACAAGGAACUAAACAAAGACGGAGGAGCUGGCGGUAUUUCUACGCUCUUCCAUCUGCCUGGAGGGCUCUUCCACUCUGCAGGUACAAGCAUCCCGGUACCUCCCCGCAGUAGGAGCCUGCGUUUAUCAAGGGGCCUUAGACUGACAUCCCCGUCUUCCUGGGCCUCAUUCAGCUCCCCUGGAAUCCAUAGAAAGAUGCUCUGUGCACAGUACCCGUCCCACAGUGACUCAUCCCUGGCGACAGGCAGCUCUGAGGGCAGCCUUCAGACCACCCUGGAAGAAGGACUGAGCUUCAGUGUCUCUCCACCUCAGAACCUGGAGUUGCCACUGCCUACAGUUCCCUUACCACCUCUGUGCCCUAUCCCUUCGCAUGAAGACAGAACUCCCAUCUCCUCUCCCGUUCAGACCCUGAGGCCACGGCUGAACCCUUCAUCUGCCGUAACCCUUUUAGCCACUAAGGGCCAUCAACGGAGCCAGAGCAGCGGGCGGGGCAGCACUAGCCCGGGGUACACCCGCGAUGACUCUAUCGACCCCUCGGACGAGGACCUCGGCAUAGGCAUCGGGUCGUCUAUCGGCGGCUGUGGAUCCAGUCAGACGGGCAACAGCGAGCACUUGUCGGAGGCGCUGAGCAGCUUGUCUCUGACGUCCCUGCUGUCGCCCAGCUCCCUCAUGUGCCCGGGAGGGGCGGUGAAGAAAUGCAACAGCACAGGCAGCCUGGACAAAGGGGGCAUGCUGCUGUCUUCCCGGGGCAGGGAAGGCCGCAGGGAGAUUAUGGGCCUGGAGCUUAUGGACCCUCAGGGCUUCCUGGCCAACCCUUGGACAGGCGUAUUACUUGAUACAAGAGGAGAGGGAGGAAUGGAAAUUGAAGACGGACAACAGGAUAUGAAAGGGAAAAGCUCAAGCCAAACAACAGUUGGGCCUUGUCGAAAAAACAGAUGAAAUCUGCUGUUUACUCUUUGUCUUUCCAUUCCUUGGAACUGAACCCAUUGCUGUCCAUCUCACUCUCUGCUUCAUCAGUGAGACAGAAGUUUGAAGACACAUGAUGCCCUGUGUUGAAAAACCGAACCCUUAUCUUCCCCCCUCUAUCCCUUUAUAUACAUUUAUGAGAAGCCCAUGUCCUGUUUCUGUCAUCGAGGGGGAGUGGUGUUGGUUGUGGUCAGGUGGCGAGGACGUGGCCUGCAGAGCUGAGGCCCCGGGGGCUGAAGAGAGGCCCUUCUACACACCUUAAGGGCUGUAGCUAUGGAGCCAUGGCAGGUUGUGAACACAGGGGAAAUCAGGAGGUGUGCUCACGCCAUGGAGUCACUAGGAGCGGAUACAAAGAAGAUUAAACUUUAAGGGACAACAAAAAGUCUUCAUGUUGCACCAUUGUAGGUUUGUUUUUCUGUGAUGGCUCAGGUUCAGUGUGGUUGAAAAUUAAAAAAAAAAAAAAAAAAAGAAAGAAAUACCUAAAGGAUCCAAACCUAACUUUUCUGUCCAUGUCAAUGAAGAUUUGUUGGUCUCAGCGGCAGAACAGAAAGGAAGGGAGCACAAGAAGUGUAAUGAUGGAGUAUAUAAAGGCAGAAGGAAGACCGGGAAAGGAAAAUACAGGCCUUUUUUUUCGUUUUUCUUCAGCUAGAAAUGCAGAAAGCGGAUCUAAUGUCCAUCUGUCCCGGCAGAUGGACACAACAGGUCCUACUCACUCUGGCAAGGAACCUUCUGCUGAGAUCAUAGUAAAGUGCGAGGUAGAGGAGAGUUCAGGAAUGCAUGCUCAUAGCCUGCGUUUGUGUGUGAGAACACUACCUCCAGUAUUCAAGGCAUGAAUUAAAUCAUUCUCAUCACUGCACCAUACAUCAGUGUUUUUUGAAAACAGGAGACAGAUAUUGAUUUGUGCAUCUGUCCACUUGGUCUUCUGCAGCGGCGGAAAAUGAAAAGAAAUUGAGAGACAGCGGGGGUAUAACUCUGCACAGAGUGAUUUGUGAAACUAGGUAUUUUUCUUUCAAUCUUGAGCAUCUCUGACUCGUGAACAUGAAGAAAUAAACGUGAAAGAGGGGUAGGCUGAGGGGAGUGUAAUAAACUCUGUUAGAGGGCACAGCAAUAUGUGCAUGGGGUAGCUUUUUGUGCACCAAAAUAAAGCUCACAGUUAAUGAGAGUUCAAGCACAUUCCUUUGACCCCACUCCCUACUCACCACCUUUAAGGAUUUUAACAGAAACGGACAAAACCACAAGUCUUGCAAAGGACCUUGACUGCAUGAAGGGAUUGCAUUUAAACAAGAAUUUUAUCUAUAUACAGAGGUGUGUCAAGAUGUCAGUGUUGGGUGAUAACCAUGUGAUUUCUAUUCCACUAUUUUUGUAGAAAAGAGAAUAGGCACGUGCAAGUUUUGCCGAAAGUUUGUUCCAAUAUUAAUUUAACCCAUGCAGUGUCUUCGACUUGUUGUCUAGGACUUUUUGUCUGCCAGUGGCUUCCAGUUUUAUACAUUUUUUUAGGGUAUGGACUGUAUAAAUCAACAAAGCAAAAAAUGUAAAACAAACUUUGUGCGCUGAAGUGAUUGUUCCCUGCAGCACAUUUCUCUAUGGGAACACUCGUUCCUGGUGGACAUUUGUAUUUUUUAUUUUUUUCCCAGACGAUGGGAGUCUAAAGACAACCGGAGAUGGGAACAGCCAUAUUCACUCACCACAUGGGGACGGUCUAGCUCACAGAUAUGACUGAACGUAGGUAGCUGUUUGCUUGUAGCCUCCUGGCUAAGACCCAUGAACAGCAUUAACCAUCUCUAUAAAAAGCUUUAAUUUGAGUCUUAUGUUACAACAUAUCGAUUGCGGGCACACUGGUGCUCCGUAAAGCAUGGUUCGGGGAUUGCAAUACAGUAUGCUUAUUCUUCGCCAUCUUUUCCCACUCAUACAGUACGUUGUAGCAACCCACUGUAACAAUGAACAAAAUGUUGCAUCUUUUGAUGGAAAUUUAUUUUGGCUUCCGCCACUUGAUGAAUUACUUCAUCCAAAAAGGAGGUUCUUAUCUUUAAGCCUGAUUCCUAAAGGUAGACUGUUGUAUCCUUAGUGUUUUGAUCAUUACCUUAUUUUAUAAUUUCUGAAGAGAAAAAAAAGGAAUGAGAUGAUGUGAGAAAAUCUGAGGCUUUGACCUCUUUUAUCAUGCAAAAUCACUUUGAUGACUAUGUUUGAUCACAUGGUGUUUGAUGUGCGUUUGUGUGUGUGUGUGUGUGUGUGCGUGUGCGUGCGCGCGUGUGUGUGCGUGUGUGUGCGUGCGCGUGUGCGUGCGUGUGUGUGUGUGUGUGUGUGUGUGUGUGUGUGUGUGACUUCAGGUGAAGUGUUUGCCUUUUCCUGAAGUGUCUUGUUUGUCAGCGAGGAUAUUUAAGGUUUAAGGGUUGGAUAGAGAAAACAUAAAGCAACCAAGGGCUGUUUUAGCUUCAAAGAUAACUUUCUAUCUUUCUGAGACAAAUCCUUGUGUCAAUGAAUAUAGCAUCAAAGGUUAAAGCCUGACUACACAGCAAUAAAUGUUCGAUGUGUAUGCCCUGAGUAAAUGAUGUCAAUGUGAUUUUUAUCUCCUCAGAAUACAAGAGUAUAAUUUAAUGUCUGUUUCUCCUUGUACUUGUCCAAGCGUGCACCCUUUCAGAUGUUCACCUCUGCCCUCUCAGAAACCAGUCAGAACAGAGAUGGGCUACAAGU